AUGCACGUAUCAGUAGAUGACCAGAAGAAUUUUAGUAAGGUCAUUAUGGUUGCCUUCGAAGCUCAAGAAGGUGAGAUCAGGAAUGCGCCUACAACGCCAUUGAUGCGCGUUGAAGAUAGCAUAGAUCACUUCAGAGAAGAGUUGCAGAAAAAGCACAGUUCCGUAUCAAACCCAAUUUUUUCAAACAUUCUACACAAUGGUCUGCUGACAAUAUCUUUUGUCAGUGCAAUGGAAAAUCCAUUUGGAAUCGCUCUUCUGAUUUUGGCAACUUUGCCUGGAGUCUUAGCUGAAUGCCGUAUGGGGAUUGAUGAAAUUAGCCAAGCUGCAGCUGCAAUUAUUAACCAAAUCCCAGGACAGACCCUUCUAUUGAGCAUUGGUGCAGCUUUUGGAGGAAAUCAAGACUUCGCCAACGAUUCAGCGUUAUCGAUUGGCUUACUCCCCAUAGGUGUGGCGGGAAUUAAUGGCAUUCAUGCAGCAUCCAAAAUAUUCUCUGGAGACCAAGAAGUGCUUUGUAACGUGACUGAUAACGAACUAGAAAACCGACCACCAGGGAUGCGAGAAUAUGCUGGUCUGAUUGCUCGGGUCUUGAGAUUAUCUUCGACGGCUAUUGUGUUCAUGGUGAUUGGUAUGAUGACAUGUCGCAUCGUUUUUCUUGGAUGGUUAGGGAUACUUUUGCUGACCUUUGCUGUUGUUGCCAUCGGGGAAUGCUAUGCCCCACUGGAUAUUAUCGUUGUUGGUAUUGCUGAUGGUGCAGUUUAUUACCGCGGUAGAGAGGAUGGAUCAUACUCGGAUGUAUGGCGCUACACUCUGACACCUGCCGGCAACAUUAUCAUCCAUAACAAUUCCUUGCAAAGCGAAAUACUCAAUGGGCGGAACGAAAUAGCGAUUGAUACAGACUGGUACCGUUUCUAUCUCAAGAGAUGGGCAGGAACUUAUUUGGCGGCAGCAUUAUCAUUCGGAUCGUGGGUUUGGUGGCUGUUCUCCUUACAGCUACUAGCUCCUUGGAGCUGGGCACCUACAGCAAGUAUAGUGACUAGCGUAUUUGCGCUAUUACUUGCAGAAUGGUGCGAUUCAAUUGAUUCUAAAGAUAUCAGCUAUGGCUUCAGUAGAAAGGCUUUAUCUGCUCGUAGGAAGAUAGCUGAAUUGAAUGGUAUGUUUGGAGCUGCCAGUGUUAGUAACCACAUGAGUCGCGAAGAGAAACUCUGGCUUACAAACCUCAUGGUCGAAUCCUUGGUGACAAGCGGAUAUCUGUCGAGUUCAAGGAUUAAGUAUCGAAUUCCUCGUAGGCUAGGCUCUAACGUCUAUAUUGGAACCAAGCUUUCUGACGUCUACGAUGCCGCGGCCAAAGUCACCAAUGUGUUACAACACGAAAAGGAUAGACUUGAGGUAGCUGGCAACUCUUGGCCACACCUUAGGGUAGUCGAGUGGGCGAUAGGUUGGACAAUGGAACUUAGCAACCAUGCAAUGAACUGCAGCUUAUACAUGUCUGAGCUGAAAAAUUACUAUCAGUCCGGCCUCCACCCAAAUAGCACCGUCUUAAAGGCAUGUGCUGCUAUGUCGCACGAUUCCUGCGAUACAAUCAGGAGGUUUAGGAAGGAAGCGGAGACAGUGUGGAAAAACCAGCUUUGGAAACUAGUCGCUCUUGCCCAAAUAUGCACCGAUACCCAUCCUCAACUUGCAGCUCGAGCAGCUUUUUGUGACCCUGGAAAUCAUGGAGAAGCUUUGAAACUAUGGUCAGAGUAUCUUUUCGGCCAUCAAGAUUGGGACCCAUGUAUUGUCAUUCUCAACAUGUUCUGUAAACUUUAUCUUAAUGAUGCUAUUGGUUACUCUGCAUAUUAUACGGCCAUGUCACCACCGGAGCAACUGACGGGAUGUCAAUACAAUAUUACUUUUGAAAAAGUUAUCAUCUGGUUUGGAAGCAAGGUGGUCGAGCUCAACCGAAGCAUACCAGGUCCCCUAGCAGCUCCACCAAGGUUUGCUUCGAACAGCAUGUUCAUACCGAUUACUGAAGCAGCAUUGAGAGCUGAAACAAAAAUAUUAUCUUAUUUGAGAGAACAUGACCCUCAUAUGCUCAAUAUCCAUGCCGCUCACGCACUUCUGGAGGUACCAAAUUAUGGUACUGAGUUUAGGAGAGACUAUGCUGACCACAGAUACUUGGAGACGAACCAGUGCGGUCUACCAUCGCCAGUGGAUGAAGAAAAAAUGGCUUAA